AUGGAUAGUAGUUACCAUCCAUUAACUUCACAAGAUGAAGAACUUUAUCAGCUACAUGCAGAAGGUAUUGAACAAAAAGUACAUGAAACAUUUCCAGAAAUUCCAUCUGAUUUUCAAUUGAAACCAGUAGCUCUUCGUAAAACAAAUAUGUGUGCUAUACGUUAUGAAUUCAAACUUGCCUUACCCGAUGACAAAUUUGCGAAAGUUUCAUUUAUGCUAGGUGGUGAUAUGAUGAUACCACCUGGUGAGCGUAAACCACAAGCACCCAAUUACAACGUUGAACCAACGUCAGCUUCAUUAGAUGAUGACUAA